CUUUGCAUUCGGGGGGGAAGGCAUUUCACCAUCUGGUAACACGGCUGAAAAUCGAAAUUGAAAGCAGCGGCCGUGCAGGAAUUGCAAUGCGUGCAAUUAAUCCCGUUAACAAUCAAGUGCCCUCUGUGCUGAGCGCGCAGAUCAUCGAAUAGGAAUCUAAUCGGAUCGGAAGUCGUAAUUAGAACCAGGAUCGGAGUCGCGAAUCGAAACGGAGGAUAGCCAGCCGUCGAAAGAGGCUAGUGCGAUUGCAACUGGAAUUGUAUUUGUAAUGAAUGCAAACGGCUGUGUCGGUGUGUGUGCGAGUCUGGCCUGCGCUGGUGUAUGUGUACGCGAGGGCCAGGAGAGCAAUAAUUAAAUUAACAAAGGUGUUAAAUUAAGCCCGUGUGUGUGUUGAAUGAGUGCGUAGGUGUCGUGGCUCUCUCGCCCAGUGGACGUGUGUGCGAGUUGUGUAUGCGAAGUGACAAAAUUAUAAUAAGAACUUUUGUUAUCGCUGCUGUACCCGCUGGUCUUCUCUCUUUCCCUCGCGCUGGCGGCACCUAUCAAAAUGGUUUAAAGAAUACUAGGAAGCGUCGUACUACGAAAACGACGACGCACGACGACGCUGUUGCCUCCCACUUGAGUUACUUGCCACGAAAAUGGAAUCGGCCCUCAAGCUGAAGGACAGCAAUUCCAACUGCAGCUCCAAUUCAAAUGGCAGUGUGGGCGGUGGAGGAGGAGGAGGGGGCGUGGCAGGAGUCGCAGGCGGAGGCGUGUGCGUGUCCAGCAUAUGUAGUAGCGACAGCUUUAGCAUUAUUCCGCCGCCGCUCCACGAGCUGGUGAGCGCGAACAGCAUCGAACUGAACGCUGCGGCCUCGCUGAGCGACGACAGCGGAGUGCCGCUGACCACCAACAGUUCCAUUUCCAGCGGCGACUCAUACCGUCUGGGCAUGUGCAAGUUCGAGAUCGAGAUGGUGGAGAGCGACGGCGAAGUGUCCCAGUUCGACUCUCUGGACAACUGUUCGGAGGGAGGCAUGAGCGCCGAGAACUUUAACACUUUGAAGAAAGGACCGCUGGCGCCCAUUGAUCCGCCGCCCGAGUUCCAAGACUCACCGCAGACGACGCUGGUGCGUUCGAUCUCCAAGAACAUCGUAAACAGUCUCCGGCGCUGGACCUCCUCGCAGUCGUCGUUCGAUCACCUUAAGGACGACGCCGCCGCCGUAGUGGACGGCCUGGUUACGACCGCACUACCGGAGGAACCGCAUCCGCCGACCAGCCAGGAGUUGGUCCUGCUACUUGCCAAGGCCGAGUGCAAGCUGGAUGCUCUUGAUGGACAGGCGCUCGGUCAGAUGAACCUCAAGGAGUCGUACGCACUCAACAAGCACCUUUACUCAAGCGAUUCCAUCUUGAAUAACCACACGGACAACAUCUACGACGAGCCAAACAACAUCGUGAGCAGCUCGCUGGGCAACAGCGUCGACCUGCUCGAGGAUGAGCAGUCGGAGGCCAGUAGCUGCUCGCCGCUGCCCUCGCCGCCGCCACCCGUGUCCAUCGUGAAGAUCAAGCAGACGCUCUGUCCGUUUUACCAGGACCACACGCGCUACUUUAAAGCCAUUCCCACGGAACAGGACAGCAUCGCGAGCGCUAAAGCCGCGGCAGCUCAGCAGCGCUUCAACAGCGCAGGCCUGUCGGAGAUCCACGACUACGACCUGUAUUACGGCGUCCGGCGGCAACCGGUGGACAACAGUAGCUUGCAGCGGCGGCAGGCCUCACUCUACAGUCCACUCGGCCACACAAGCCACUGCCACUAUCACGGGCACGGGCAUGGCCAUGGGCAUGGACAAGGGCACGGCAGUCAUCACCAUCACCACCACCAUCAUCACCAGCCGGGCUACGGCUACACCCACGGCCAAAGGCCUAACUCGCGCAACUCGCUCAACAGCCGGCUAAGCAGCUCGCACAAUUCGCUGAACGUCUCGUCGACCAACAAGCCGGAUGAUUCGAUCUUCAUCACGCAGGCCAUGUCCCACGACGCCCUUUUUACGCGCGAAAUAUCCGACUUCUACAACGUGCCCAUCGACUCGGACAUCUACGCAUUUCCCGUUGACAUGAUCGAGCAGCAGCAGCUACAGCAGCAGCAACAACAGCUGAUGGAGGAGCAGCAGCAGCACAAGCAGCCGAUUCCCAGUUACCACAAAGCGAACAGGCGCAAUAAGCGAAACAACAAGCGGAAGCAGCGCUACGCAGGAGCGGUAUCGGGAACGGGUGCUGGGACGGAAACCAGCGACGGCGACGGGGAGAAGGGCAAGCAUGGCAAGUACCGCACGCCCGUGGGAGUCGGCGGGGACCAGGCCAGCGAGCCGGAGCCCCUGCACAUGACUCUUGACGAAGUGAAGCAGUUCUACCACACGCUCUACUCGGAUACCGGAAAGUCCGCUCCGAGGCCAAUGGUCAAGUCGAGCAACGAGACCAUCUGGAGCGUGUCGACCAACACCACCACGAUUACGGCGCGGACGCGAACCAGUGUGGGAAACACCCGUGCUGGUGCUGCUCCGCCGGGUGCUACCAGCGGGGCAGGUGGGGCCAGCAGUGACGGAGGGGUCGGCGGUGGCGGUGGCAAGUAUCUCAGCAAGCAGAGCAAGCACAACCUCGACAACGAUAAGCUAAACAACAACAAUAACAACCAGCUAUCGCAGCAGCAGCUAGAGAAGCCGUCACUUGAGCACCAUAUCCACAUCCACAACCAGAACCAAAACCAGCACCAACCCCCGAACAACAAGCACGUCCUGCAUUCAGAGAAAAAGUCGCAGUUUACGCUGAACCUAAAGCAGCGCUUUUGCAGCAUUUUUCGCUUUCGGCGGAGCAACCACAGCCGCUGCCGAGGAUCGGGUGGACAUCAGCCGAGCAGCCUUGCCAGUGUGGCAGCGAAUGCGGCUGCACCGGCACCCCUUUUACCGGCUGCUGUCAUAACUAGCGCUCCGGCGGCCCAGGCUCAGCUGGCUGGUGAACUGAGCGGAGGUGGAGCGCCGAUCACGGCGGACGCUGACGAACCGAGCGCGGAUCUGCGCAAGAAGUUUCAGUCGCGCGCCCUGCCACCAUUACCAAAGAAGGCUGCAGCCUAUGCCGUUGAAGCCACCAAAUCGGAAUUGGAGGACUCCAAAACGAACGUGGCCCAAGAGCCCCGUACAUUACAAUUCACCUCCAGCAUCGAAAAAGUCAAAGACUACGGCUGGUACUGGGGGCCACUGUCCAGCGAGGCGGCUGAGAAGGUCCUCUCCAGCGAGACGGACGGCUCCUUUAUCGUGCGCGACAGCUCCGACGACCACUACAUCUUCUCGCUGAGCUUCAAGCUGAACAACUGUGUGCGCCACGUGCGCAUCGAGCAGGAUCAAGGAACCUUCUCCUUCGGCUCCUAUGCCAAGUUCAAGUCACAAACCAUCACCGAGUUCAUUGAGAAGGCUGUCGAGCACUCCCGAAGCGGCAGAUAUCUAUUCUUUCUGCAUCGUCGGCCGGAGCACGGACCAAUGCGUGUGCAAUUAACCAAUCCAGUAUCUAGGUUUAAGCAUGUACAAAGCUUACAGCACAUGUGCAGAUUUGUUAUACUUAAGGCGGUUAUACGAAAGGAUUUAAUACAGUCAUUGCCAUUACCGAGAAGACUUCUAGACUAUCUUAACUAUAAGCACUGCUAUUCCGAGCAGGUGGAGAGCGACAGUUCGCAUUCGCAGAUAUCUGGCGAUGGAACGAUGUAAGACAAGUAAAAGAGAGACGAUUCGCUUCUGACAAGAAAACGUAAACGAAAGCAACAGAAAUUAUUACCUUAAAUAAAUAGUAGAAUUUAAUGAAAUAGUAAACAACAGAAACAAAGCAAACAAACAACCGUUAACGUUCUGUAUAACCAGAACAAACAAAUAAAAAAUGUUAAAUGAGUAAGCAAAGCGAAGAAAUUGUUAGUUUUGCUAUAAAAAAAAAAAAAAAAAUCAGAAAACCAAGAAAACCAAGAAAACAAAAUUAACAACUCUGUUUUUCGAUUUUUGUUGUACUCGGUGCUAUACUAUAAAUAUUAACUAUUUAAUUAAAGAAACGCAAAAACCCAGA